AUGUAGGCCAGUUUGGGAGUGGACGACGACGCCUGACAGAUAGGUUUCAUUUUUUUUAAGUGUACAGAUAAUCACCGGUUUUAUUUCACCAUCAUUUUGGUUAAAAGCGGUGACUUUUACUGUACAGUUUAGUUAUCGUCGCUUAAAGCCGACGUAAAACGGGAGGAACGUUUCAGCUACUCGACUCGUUUUCCGCACGGAACACUGUCCGACUGGGACCGUAAAUAAAUGUACGGCCGUCGCUCCGGUCCUUCGGUCUGUCAGAGCGGAUUCGGUUACUUUGGGUGACCGAAACCCGCCCUCUCUCUCUCUCUCCAGUGGACACAGAGCCGUGAAGUCAGUCUGUUUCGGAGCCGCAGCGUGAGUGGAGAGCCGGGGAUGGAGUGGUGUCGGCGGAUAGGAGGAGUCGGCGGGCUGCUGUGCUCCAUGUCUCUGCUCUGUGUCCUCCUGGACAUUCAGCUGGACGGGGUCCUCGGGGCGACUCAAGCCGAGAUCGAGCAGCACUUGGAGAUGGGCCGCAAGCUUUUGGCAGCCGGUCAGCUGGCUGAAGCCUUGUCCCACUACCACUCAGCUGUGGAGGGAGACUCUAAGAAUUACCUGACCUACUACAAACGAGCUGCAGUGUUCUUGGCGAUGGGAAAAGCCAGAUCUGCCCUGCCUGACCUGACUCAAGCCAUCCAGCUGAAGCCAGACUUCCUGCCUGCCCGGCUGCAGAGAGGAAACAUCCUGCUGAAGCAGGGAAACGCACAGGAAGCCAGAGAGGACUUYGAAACAGUGCUGCAGCGCUCAUCGGACCACAAAGAAGCCGAAGAGCAGCUGGUGAAGUCGAACGAGCUGGAGGAGCUGCAGGAGGAGGCGCACGCUGCGUACCACCAGGGGGACUACAGCACCACUGUCACUGUGCUGGAGCGGGUUAUAGAAAUAUCUCCGUGGGAUCCGGAGACACGCGAGCUGCGCGCAGAGUGCUUCAUCCGAAUGGGCGAUCCGCAGAAGGCCAUCCUGGACCUGGCGCCGGCGGCGAGGCUGCGCAGCGACAACCGCGCGGCCUUCCUGAAGCUCAGCCUGCUGCAGUACAGCCUGGGGGAGCACAGAGAGUCGCUGACUCACAUCAGGGAGUGUUUGAAGCUGGACCAGGACGACAAGGACUGUUUCAGCCACUACAAGCAGGUGAAGAAGCUCAGCAAGCAGCUGGACUCUGCAGAGGAGCUGAUAGAGCAGGAGAGGUACCAAGAUGCCAUGGAGAAAUACGAAUCAGCGAUGAAGACCGAACCCAACAUACUGUUCUACACAAACCUGGCGAAGGAGAGGAUCUGCUUCUGCCUCGUUAAGCUUCAGUUGGCAAACGAGGCCAUCGACGUGUGCUCAGAGGCCCACCAGAGAGACCCCCGAAACGCUAACAUCCUCCGAGACCGAGCUGAGGCCUUCAUUCUCAACCAGGACUAUGAGAAAGCUGUGGAGGACUACCAGGAGGCGAGAGAGUUCGACGCCGACAGCAACACCAUCAGAGAGGGGCUGGAACGAGCACAGAAGCUGCUCAAAAUCUCACGGAAGAGAGACUACUACAAGAUCCUCGGUGUGGGCAGGAACGCCAACAAGCAGGAGAUCAUCAAGGCCUACAGGAAGCUGGCACAGCAGUGGCACCCGGACAACUUCCAGUCUGAAGCUGAUAAAAAGGAAGCGGAAAAGAAAUUUAUCGACAUUGCGUCGGCUAAAGAAGUCCUCACUGAUCCGGAGAUGAGGCAGAAGUUCGAUGAAGGCGAGGACCCUCUGGACCCGGAGAACCAGCAGGGCGGCGGCGGCGGACAGCGGGCRUGGCCGUUCCACUUCAACCCCUUCGAGUCCGGCGGCAACUUCCACUUCAAGUUCGAGUACAACUGAAAAGCAGAACUCGACCGGGACGCUACAUCCUCACAGAUGUCUUCCUCAGAACCUGGACUUAAAAGCUUUUUUUAUUUAUUUUUAUUAAAUUAUGGACUUCUCACCGUAGAAACUAACUGUGGUCAGCGGUGAGUCCAGUCGACGCUGCAGAUGAAAAUGAAGUUUAUUUUUUUUGUUAGAAAUCUGGAAGGUGGUGGUUCUGAAGCCGUGGGUGUUUUCUUUUUUUGUGCCAUUCUAUAAAUAUAUAUAUUUUUUGAACCUGCACUUUUUAAUGCAGAAGGUUAAAGAACAGCUUCGUCUUGUUUUUUUCUCGCUUGCAGUAUUCUCCAGAGGAACGACAUGAAUUGGAGUCGGGGUAUUUUUUAACAGCAGCCCUCUCACAUCAGACGCCUGAAUGUAAACUUAAUGAAAUCCUAUGGAUCUUUAAAACCACWGCAUCAGGGUUGGGCUUGGAUUUUGCUUUAAGCUUAAAAACUGGUUUUUCAGCGAGGAUUAUGCGUUUGGUCCAAAAAGUUCCAAACUGCAAGCAGACUGUGUCGGACUGAAUUUAAGUUUUUCUGGAUUUAAAAACAAAACAAAAAACAAAACAAAGCACCUGAUGUACGAAUCGAGCGUAAUCUGAUGUUUCUCUGCCUUUCUGCUACUUUCAAAGAACUUUUGAAAAGUUGCACUUUUGAUUUUAAUGAAAACUUACUCCAGUUUCUCCACUCCUGAAAUGUUACUGCAGGCUUUUAUUUUGAAGCCUUCACACAAACCAAGUGUGUCUUCUGUGGCUAUCUGAUAACCUCGUUUAUAAAUAGAAACGCUUCAGCCCAGCUGAGCCGCCUUCUUUAA